AUGAUGAACUCAAAGAAGAUCAUGAAGAUGGUCAAGAAAUGGCAACAAAGAGCAGCUCUCAAGAGGAAAAGAAUCUCAGUUCAAAGAACAAAUACAUCUGCUAGCUUUGUAGAAAAGGGCUGUUUUGUGGUUUAUACAGCAGAUAAAACCCGUUUUGCUUUUCCGAUAAGUUAUCUAAGCAACUAUGUCUUCCAAGAGCUCUUGAAGAUCUCUGAAGAAGAAUUUGGCAUCCCAAGCGGUGGACCAAUCACGUUGCCAUUUGAUUCGGUUUUCUUGGAGUAUCUAAUCAAAUUGAUCGAAAGACGAAUGGACGGAGAUAUGGAAAACGCUCUGUUAAUGUCAAUCUCUAGUUCUCUACAUUGUUCUUUACAACAACAAGAACAGAGUACUCAACAAAUGCUUGUAUUUUAG